GUAAGUGGUUAACAUGAGGAGAGGAACAAGAGAAACAAGGUGGAGAGGUGUGGCUUCACAAGGUGUGAGGAGACAGAAGGAUCAGGCAGACACAGGCGGCAGGAGGUGACAGAGACUUGUGGAAACUGUACAGAAAAUGAUAAGUACUGGGUUGUGGAUACUGGAAUUGGCCAUUUUCUUAGUACAGGUUUUUACUUUUGGGUCCUGUGAAGAGGUUACACGAUGUACGCCUGGAUUCUCAGAACAAUUUUACUGGUUCAAAGCAGAUCAAAAAUAUUUGGACAAGGGAAGGAGAUUAGGGAGAGUUCUGUAUGAUGACUGCAGUGGGCGCCAGAGGUUCCUCUUCAACUCAGCAGAUUCCCGUUUUAAGGUGGAAUCAGAUGGGACUGUCCUAAUAAAAAGGCCUGUGACCUUGCAUGAAGGGCACAAGAGCUUCUUUGUUCAUGCCUGGGACUCGGUGGGCAGGAAGGUCACUGCAAGAGUCCGGGUGCAGCUUGAGCCACAGACCAGCCAUGUGCUGCUUGGUGUGGAAAAUGUCCCUGCUGAACAGUCUGAUGGCAGUGAGUCUGUCCCAGAGCUGGUGUUUUCAAGGAGAAUUAAGAGAGAGUGGGUGAUUCCUCCAGUCACAAUUCUUGAAGGUCAAAUGGGUCCCUUUCCUAAAUUUGUGGUUCGGAUCAGGUCCAGUAAGGAUAAAGAAGUUGUAAUGCAGUACUGGAUUACUGGUCCUGGAGCAGAUGAGCCACCUAAAAACAUUUUCACUAUGGAGAGAACCUCUGGCCAGCUCUUUGUAACACAGCCUUUGGACAGAGAGAAGUGUUCCAACUAUACCCUUCUGGCUCACGCUGCUGCUGUUGGAUCUACUCUUACAAAAGAGGACCCUAUGGAAGUCGUAAUUACAGUGGGUGAUCAGAAUGACAACAAGCCUGUCUUUACACAAGAUGUAUAUAUGGGCAGUGUUCCAGAAGCUGUGGGUGAAGGGUAUGAGAUCCUGAGUGUCACGGCAACUGAUGCUGAUGAUCCUGAGACUAGUAAUGCAGCCUUAAAAUACAGCAUUAUAAGUCAAGAUCCACCGCUACCUGUUCCAGACAUGUUUGCUAUUAAUCCUACUAGUGGGCUGAUACGACUGAAUAAUGGUCAACUUGAUAAGAAGAAACACCCUCAGUAUUCAUUGACAGUCCAGGUUGGUGAUAUGAUGGGAAAUGGUUACUUGGUCACCUGUAAAGCCAUAAUUACUGUGACGGACAGCAAUGACAACGCUCCUCAGUUUGACCCACAAACUUAUGAGGUGUCUGUGCCCGAAAAUCAAAAAGACACUGAAGUUGUGAAGUUGUCAGUGAAUGAUGCUGAUGAUCCUGAAACUCCUGCCUGGUUCACGAAGUUUAAGAUUAUCCAAGGGAAUGAUGGGAAUGUCUUCAAUGUCUCAACUGCCCCUGGUGGCCUGGAUGGCAUCGUCACCCUAAUAAAGGAGCUGGACUUUGAGAAGAAGAACAAAUACACGCUGCUGGUUACAGUGGAGAAUGAAGCUCCAUUUGCCAUCCGGCUGCCCACAGCCACAGGGACAGUGGUGGUGAAUGUGGAGGACAGGAAUGAACCUCCGGUUUUCAGUCCACGUGAGAAGCAUGUUUCUGUGGAAGAGAGCUUGGCUGUGAAUGAGAUAGUGGCUCAGUAUACAGCAACCGAUCCAGACACUCACAUGAAACAGACAAUAGAGUAUAAAAUGGUUCCAGAUCAGCUUGGAUGGCUAGCUAUUAAUAAAACUACUGGCUAUGUCACUGUUAAGAGCAAAAUGGACCGAGAAGAAUCCUCUCUUGUUGAUGGCAAAUACAAAGCUCUGGUUCUUGCUAUUGAUAAUGGUGCCCCUCCUACCACAGGGACUGGGACAUUGAUUGUGGAACUGAAGGAUGUGAAUGAUAAUGCUCCAACAAUCGACCAAAGAGAUAUCCGUAUCUGUAACAAGAACCCCGAGCCGGUGUUGCUCUCCGUCAGUGACAAGGACGGGCCCCAGUUCGGCCCCCCGUUCAGAGUGGAGCUUCGGGAUAAAUCCAACAACAAUUGGACUGCAAGAAUGAAUGAAAGCAGUACAGGCAUUAUACUCACAUUGAAGGAACAGCUGCCACGGGACAAGUACAAUGUGGUCCUAAGGCUCUUUGACAGUCAAAACCUUUAUCAAGAUAAUACUCUCGUUGCUGAUGUCUGUGACUGCACCGGAAAGGACAUUUCGUGUGACGACAAAUACGUUGCUGGCUUGGAGCUGCCAGGGAUUCUGGGAAUCUUGGCAGCAAUCUUACUUCUGCUUCUGCUUGUUCUGCUGCUGCUCAUGUUCCUGAGAAGAAGGACUCGGGCGAAGGAGGAGCCCCUGCUCCAGGACGACAUCCGGGACAACAUCUACUACUAUGACGAGGAAGGUGGUGGAGAGGAAGAUCAGGACUAUGACUUAAGUCAGAUACACAGAGGACUGGAUAACAGGCCAGACGUUUUCCGUAAUGACGUGGCCCCGACGUUCCUGGCUGCACCACAGUACCGGCCCAGGCCUGCCAACCCCGAGGACAUCGGCAACUUCAUUGACGAUAACUUAAAGGCUGCAGAUACAGAUCCAACGGCUCCACCCUAUGACUCCUUGUUGGUGUUUGAUUAUGAGGGAGGGGGCUCUGAUGCUGGUUCCCUCAGCUCGCUCAACUCCUCCAGUUCUGGGGAGGACCAAGACUACAACUGCCUAAAUGAAUGGGGGCCGCGAUUUAAGAAGCUGGCUGACAUGUAUGGUGGUGGUGAAGAGGACACAGACUUGAUCAUGAGGAUGUGGAUGCUGGGAGUGAUCCUUUCCUUGGUCCAGGUUUUCACUUUCGGGUCCUGUGAAGAGGUUACACCAUGUUCGCCUGGAUUCUCAGAACAAUUUUAUUUGUUCAAAGCAGAUCAAAAAUAUUUGGACAAGGGAAGGAGAUUAGGGAGAGUUCUGUAUGAUGACUGCAGUGGGCGCCAGCGGUUCCUUUUUAACUCAGCAGAUUCCCGUUUUAAGGUGGAAUCAGAUGGGACUGUCCUAAUAAAAAGGUCUGUGACCUUACAUGAAGGGCACAAGAGCUUCUUUGUUCAUGCCUGGGACUCAGUGGGCAAGAAGGUCACUGCAAGAGUCCGGGUGCAGCUUGAGCCACAGACCAGCCAUGUGCUGCUUGGUGUGGAAAAUGUCCCUGCUGAACAGUCUGAUGGCAGUGAGUCUGUCCCAGAGCUGGUGUUUCCAAGGUCCUCAGCUGGUCUCAGAAGAAGGAAGAGAGAGUGGGUGAUUCCUCCAAUCACAAUUCUUGAAGGUCAAAUGGGUCCCUAUCCUAAAUUUGUGGUUCGGAUCAGGUCCAGUAAGGAUAAAGAAGUUGUAAUGCAGUACUGGAUUACUGGUCCUGGAGCAGAUGAGGCACCUAAAAACAUUUUCACUAUGGAGAGAACCUCUGGCCAGCUCUAUGUAACACAGCCUUUGGACAGAGAGAAGUGUUCCAGCUAUACCCUUCUGGCUCACGCUGCUGCUGUUGGAUCUGCUCUUACAAAAGAGGACCCUAUGGAAUUCAUAAUUACAGUGGGUGAUAAGAAUGACAACAAGCCUGUCUUUACACAAGAUGUAUAUAUGGGCAGUGUUCCAGAAGCUGUGGGUGAAGGGUAUGAGAUCCUGAGUGUCACGGCAACUGAUGCUGAUGAUCCUGAGACUAGUAAUGCAGCCUUAAAAUACAGCAUUAUAAGUCAAGAUCCACCGCUACCUGUUCCAGACAUGUUUGCUAUUAAUCCUACUAGUGGGCUGAUACGACUGAAUAAUGGUCAACUUGAUAAGAAGAAACACCCUCAGUAUUCACUGACGGUUCAGGUUGGUGAUAUGAUGGGAAAUGGUUACUUGGUCACCUGUAAAGCCAUAAUUACUGUGACGGACAGCAAUGACAACGCUCCUCAGUUUGACCCACAAACUUAUGAGGUGUCUGUGCCCGAAAAUCAAAAAGACACUGAAGUUGUGAAGUUGUCAGUGAAUGAUGCUGAUGAUCCUGAAACUCCUGCCUGGUUCACGAAGUUUAAGAUUAUCCAAGGGAAUGAUGGGAAUGUCUUCAAUGUCUCAACUGCCCCUGGUGGCCUGGAUGGCAUCGUCACCCUAAUAAAGGAGCUGGACUUUGAGAAGAAGAACAAAUACACGCUGCUGGUUACAGUGGAGAAUGAAGCUCCAUUUGCCAUCCGGCUGCCCACAGCCACAGGGACAGUGGUGGUGAAUGUGGAGGACAGGAAUGAACCUCCGGUGUUCAAUCCACGCGAGAAGCAUGUUUCUGUGGAAGAGAGCUUGGCUGUGAAUGAGAUAGUUGCUCAGUAUACAGCAACCGAUCCAGACACUCACAUGAAACAGACAAUAGAGUAUAAAAUGGUUCCAGAUCAGCUUGGAUGGCUAGCUAUUAAUAAAACUACUGGCUAUGUCACUGUUAAGAGCAAAAUGGACCGAGAAGAAUCCUCUCUUGUUGAUGGCAAAUACAAAGCUCUGGUUCUUGCUAUUGAUAAUGGUGCCCCUCCUACCACAGGAACUGGGACAUUGAUUGUGGAACUGAAGGAUGUGAAUGAUAAUGCCCCAACAAUCGACCAAAGAGAUAUCCGUAUCUGUAACAAGAACCCCGAGCCGGUGUUGCUCUCCGUCAGUGACAAGGACGGGCCCCAGUUCGGCCCCCCGUUCAGAGUGGAGCUUCGGGAUAAAUCCAACAACAAUUGGACUGCAAGAAUGAAUGAAAGCAGUACAGGCAUUAUACUCACAUUGAAGGAACAGCUGCCACGGGACAAGUACAAUGUGGUCCUAAGGCUCUUUGACAGUCAAAACCUUUAUCAAGAUAAUACUCUCGUUGCUGAUGUCUGUGACUGCACCGGAAAGGACAUUUCGUGUGACGACAAAUACGUUGCUGGCUUGGAGCUGCCAGGGAUUCUGGGAAUCUUGGCAGCAAUCUUACUUCUGCUUCUGCUUGUUCUGCUGCUGCUCAUGUUCCUGAGAAGGAGGACUCGGGUGAAGAAGGAGCCCCUGCUCCAGGACGACGACAUCCGGGACAACAUCUACUACUAUGACGAGGAAGGUGGUGGAGAGGAAGAUCAGGACUAUGACUUAAGUCAGAUACACAGAGGACUGGAUAACAGGCCAGACGUUUUCCGUAAUGACGUGGCCCCGACGUUCCUGGCUGCACCACAGUACCGGCCCAGGCCUGCCAACCCCGAGGACAUCGGCAACUUCAUUGACGAUAACUUAAAGGCUGCAGAUACAGAUCCAACGGCUCCACCCUAUGACUCCUUGUUGGUGUUUGAUUAUGAGGGAGGGGGCUCUGAUGCUGGUUCCCUCAGCUCGCUCAACUCCUCCAGUUCUGGGGAGGACCAAGACUACAACUGCCUAAAUGAAUGGGGGCCGCGAUUUAAGAAGCUGGCUGACAUGUAUGGUGGUGGUGAAGAGGACUGAAGGUCACGUGACAGACUUUGUGCUUGUGGCCAUUGAUGAGUCCUGUGUCGCUCUGCCCUAAGACUGUUGCCUUGUUGUCUGGGUCUUACUCCACACUUGUGGUUUAAUGGGAGUUGCUUUUGAAUGUGAGAUCAUUCUCAGAAGACUGAUCUGGCGCUAGGACUUGAGUUUGUGUAUAUAUGCACCUAAUGAACUUGGAUUAAUUGUUGAAAUGAUGAUUAAAGGUGAUUGAAUAUUUUAAAGUGCUAUCCAUGCUCAGUUUUAAUUUCCUUCAUAGUCAUAUUUAGUGCCUUAAAGACAUUUUUCACUUUGCUUUUAUGAGUUUUUUUCACUCUUGCAUUCAUUGUGAUUGUUAGGACUUUUUGUUAAAGGUUUUUAUUAAAAUAUUAAAAACAAA